GCCAAUGGUUCCAUGAGUAAUAAUGUUUUUUCCAUUUGUAUAUAUUUCGUGAUUAAUGUACAGGAAGGCUGUUUGUGUCCAGUUUUCCUAGUCACUUUUAGGGGUCACCAGAGUUUAAAAUGCUAGAAUUUGGCUUGAGGUUGAGAUCCAUGCAAAACUAGAGAGACAUAUUUCAGUUCAGGAAAGUUUAUUGUUUUCAGAAUUUGUAAACUGCCAAACAUUUAUAUUUUUGUGGGGACCAAUUAGACCCAUGAUACUGGAAAUACACAAUCAGUGUGACCUUAUGAAAACAUUUGGCUGGUCACUAUGAAUAGUCUCAGUUUAUCUGACCUAACGGACAUAUCAUAUGUCGGUCUUCCCAAAACAGUUGACAUAAACUUAGAAGCAAUUGUCUAUGUAUGCAUUAGCAUUAUAUUUUUCUUCACUGGAACUAAGAGGGCUAGCCCAAACAAUGCCCCUUGCACAAAGCACGGUCCAUAUGGACACACUGUGCCAUGUUUGGAGUAGAAGAACUUGAGCGGACUGCACAAAACCCUGACCUCAUCCCCACUGAACAUCUUUUAGGAUGAACUGGAAUGCUGACUGCGGACCAGACCUUCUUACCUUACCUGGUGUCAGCACCUGACCUCACUUGUGGAUGAAGGAAAAGCAAUCCUCAAAACCUUUAGUGAAAGCUGCUGUAAAAGCAAAUAUGAGAGUUAUGGUCAGAUGUCCAUAAUUUUUUGUUCUAGUCAUAUAGUGUAAUUAAUUUUGGGUAGGUUAGGGUCGAAUGGGGCAUACUACACAGUAAUACACACAUCAGCUGAAUACAGCAAUAUACAGAAAAGAGAGAGGAUGAAAGUGCACUGGGUUUAUUAGCGGGUAGGCAAGAGAUAAGGCAUAUUAAGUCCCGGGUGCAUCAUAUUGGUAAUCCCUCAGCAAUAAUCUCACAGAACACAACGCAGGACACGGUCUGCUAUGCUUCAUGAACAACCCACAGGGGUCCAUUAUGGUGCUCGUGCAGUACAGAUGGGCGUUCGACGUCAGGACCGCGCAGACUCGGCGGCUCGCGCUGUAGCUAGAGUGUAACACCAACCGUUUAGACGGCGGUUGUGAACGGAGAACAGCGGAUCGGUUCUCCUUUGCUCAGGCAGAACUUGUUUAACACCCGCGGUUGAAGCACGAGGUGAGGUCUGGUCUGGAUGGAGUUUGGGAGGCGCUUCCAGUGCACCGUGCACGCGCAAACCCGCCUUUUGUGAGCUGGGAAAGUCUUCGGGCAGACUUUCCGCGCGCGUGUGCGUGCGUGCAUGUGUGUUUCUCUCUCUCUCUCUCUCUCUCUCGUUGUCUCCUUUUUUCUUUUCGCGCUGGUAUAAGCUAGAACAGAAGGGACUGCUGCAGUUUCCCCCCCUCGUCCACUGUGGGUCCGUGGAUAUUAAGCAGGAUGAAUUCGGACAUUAACAUGUACCUGGGACGGGAGAAAGCAGGGAUCAUGCGGAAGAGAGCUCUCCUCUUGAGGAAAGGCUGCAGCUUCGAGAUUACGAGCUCUGCGUCUGAAGACCUGGGCUGCAGGAGGGGCGAGUUUAGCAGGAAGCACUAUGGAUCAGUGGAACUGUUGAUCUCCAGCGAUGCAGACGGAGCCAUACAGAGAGCCGGGAGGUUCAGGGUGGAGAACGGUUCCCUAGAUGAGAAUAUGGACUACACUCCAGGAACCUGGAGGAGAACCGAUGUCCAUCUGGAGAAUCCAGAGUACCAUACCAGAUGGUUCUUCAAGUACUUCCUGGGAAAAGUCCAUCAGAACUAUGUUGGUGUGGAUGCAGAAAAAAACCCGUUCUACUUAUCUGUGGUUUUGUCAGACCAGAACAACCAGAGGGUUCCCCAGUACCGGGCCAUUCUUUGGCGCAAAACGGGUACUCUUAAGAUUAGCCUUCCUUACAGCCCUACAAAAACUCUAUCAGUCAAAUCCAUAUUGAGUGCUAUGAACAUGGAGCGCUUUGAAAAGGGCCCUAGAGAGAUCCUCAACCCCGAGAUCCAAAAGGACCUACUGGUACUGGAAGAGCAGGAGGGCAGCGUAAACUUUAAAUUUGGAGUCCUCUAUGCCAGAGACGGCCAGUUGACAGAUGAUGAAAUGUUUAGUAACGAGACAGGAAGUGAGAACUUUGACAAGUUUUUGAACCUGCUUGGUGACACAAUUUGCCUGCAAGGCUGGGCUGGUUAUAGAGGAGGCCUGGACACUAAAAAUGACACUACAGGAAUAAACUCCAUCUAUACAGUAUAUCAGGGUCAUGAGCUCAUGUUCCAUGUAUCCACCAUGCUACCUUACUCUAAAGAGAAUAAGCAACAGGUGGAGAGAAAGAGACAUAUCGGGAAUGACAUAGUCACCAUCGUAUUCCAAGAAGGAGAUGAUGCCUCGCCAUCUUUCAAGCCCUCCAUGAUCCGAUCUCAUUUCACACAUAUUUUUGCCUUAGUUAGAUACAAUAGUCAGAAUGACACCUAUAGGUUGAAGAUUUUCUCAGAAGAGAGUGUGCCGUUGUUCGGACCUCCUCUUCCCUCACCGCCAGUAUUUACAGACCACCAGGAGUUCAGGGACUUUUUAUUAGUCAAAUUAAUAAAUGGAGAGAAAGCCACCCUUGAGACACCCACGUUUGCUCAGAAACGUCAGCGGACUCUUGACAUGCUGAUUAGAUCCCUGUAUCAAGACCUCAUGCCAGACCUGCACAAGGUUCCCUUUUCUCCACAGAACAUGUUAAACCGUCGUUCCUUCAGCGACGUGCUGCCUGAAUCACCCAAGUCAGCCCGCAAGAAGGAAGAGGCACGCCAGGCUGAGUUUGUCCGGAUAGGGCAGGCAUUGAAAUUGAAGACUAUAGUCAGAGGAGAUGCUCCUACUAGUCUAGUCAACACGGGUCUUUGCAGGAAAGAGCCAUGGGAGUCUCAGUCUUUCUGCAGUAGCUUUGCACAUGAAAUCGUCUGUGGCGAUUCCUGGGGACAGUCGUUAUUGGUAGCCACUGACUCAGCUGGGGUCAUGCUGUUAGAGGCCUCAGAUCCCUUGCUUUCCACUGCAGACUCUCCAUCCCUGCCUCCGGUUCAAGUGAUCGACAAGACUCUGUCCGUCAAACAGAUGCAUGUACUUGAACCUCAGGAUCUCCUCAUUAUGAGAGCUGAUAAAGGGAAAGACGCCCGUCUCUACGUGUACAAACUGAGCGCUCUCAAACGAGGGAUAGAGGAGCGGCAACUUGUGCGCACCAAAUGUGACAGCAGAGAGAACAAACUGGAAAAAACAAAGGGCUGCCAUUUGUAUUCCAUAAACACACACCAUGGAGUGGAGCUACGCAUCGUGGCGGCGAUUAGGAACAAGCUCCUCCUUAUAACAAGGAAACACCCUCGUCUCGACUGCCUCAGCUGCGUCAGCACAAGCAUUGGGUCGAGUGAGUCCCCAGUUGAGGAGUUCCAGUACAUUCGGGAGAUCUGCUUGUGUGAUUCUCCAGUUGUCAUGGCGCUGAUCGAUGGGCCAACAGGAGAGAAUGAUCACAUGAUCUGCGUAGCAUACAAACACCAGUUUGACCUGAUCAAUGAGAGCACAGGGGAUGCCUACAGACUGCACCAUGUGGACUCCAACCGGGUAAAUUUUGUGGCGGCUAUAGACGUGUAUGAAGAUGGAGAGGCUGGAUUACUGCUCUGCUAUAACAAUCUCUGCGCCUAUAAGAAGGUGUGUCCAUUUAAUGGGGCCACACCUAUGAUUCAGCCCAACUCUUCCGACUUUCACUUCAGCUGGAAUCAAAUGCCAAAUGGUAUUGUGUGUGCAUUCCCCUACAUUCUGGCCUUCACCACUGACUCCAUAGAGAUCCGACUGGUGGUCAAUGGAAACUUGGUUUACACUGCUGUAGUCCCAGAACUUCAACUGAUUGCAUCUAGGUCUGACAUUUACUUCAUAUCAUCAGCUCCGGUAAACUCUGCCUCCAACUGUAGCUCCAGAGACACCAGUUCCCAGAGUUCUCCUCAAACUCCAACAGGCUAUGAGAUGCCCAUUUUCCCCUCACCUCUCGGAGAUGAUUGUAUUCGGAUCCCCUACGGCACCAAGCUUUCCCUCUACAUGUCUAAAGAUUCUGAAGGCGAAGCUCCCUCCAAACACAUCUAUAAGAUCCCACUCUGUAACCUAGUGGGGCGAAGCAUCGAGAGGCCACUCAAAUCUCCAUUAGUCAGUAAGAUGCUUAUGGGUGCAGCACCUGGAGUGAUAGGCCCCACCACCGUGAUCUCCACCACACCCUCUCUCUCACUGUCUCGCAUGGAGAUCAAAGAGAUCGCCAGCCGAACAAGGAAAGAACUGCUGGGUUUAGCUGAAGAACCCAGCAGCAAGUCAGACAGCGGCUCCACGAAACAGAGGAAGACAAGCAGGAAAACAAAGGAGGAAGAGAAGAGGAGACCAGCAGGGAUCGCCAGCACUGAGCAAGUCGGGUUGGAGUGUGUUGAUGGCGACAUCGAUAUUCAACGGCAUUGUUCCUCUGGCUCAGAGGCAGAGCCUCAUGAGGGCAGCCCGCCCCUGACCAGCACUUUAACACUCUCUGCAUCCUUCGAAGAGGAUAUCCUAGACCUGAAGUGAUGACAAUCCCGCAGUGUGUCUCUUGUAGCCCCUUUCCAACCCUACUUGCGCUCUAUUUGUUGUUUUGUUUGUUUGUUUUUGUUUUUUAAUUUUUAUUUUUUUACAUUUUAUGUUAUUUGGAUUUUUUUUUUUUACUUUUGUAUCUGUCUGCAUCUACACAAUGUGAUGUAGAAAUGGAACCACAAAGCUUUGCACCUGAGUGAGUUUACAAUAACCAGUGUGAUAUGAAGGUUACAAUGCACUUGUGUGCGUGUGUGUGUGUCUGUGUGUAUGUUUGUGUGUGUGUGUGUGUGUGUGUGAUACUUAGCAACAGUCGUAAUAUCAAAAUGCUGUAAGGAAAAGACAAAGCUGAGCUCUGGGAUACGAAUUUGAAAAGAUUUAAUCCCUUCUGAGGAAAUUCACAGGGCCUCAAUCAGGUUUUAAUGACUCAGAAGUUAUCAUGAAACACCUAAAGAUAGCAUAGCCAUGGAAAACUCAAGAUCAUAGCUUAUAUUUCCAGAUCACAGGAUAAGCUCCAAAGUAUAGCAUAGCAACCAAGCCUGAAUGUAAAUCUGAAGCACCUGAAUCAGAUUUAGAUCAUGAUGUGAUUUAAGUGAUUUAUCUGUCAAUUGCACAUUGUAAUUAUUUCAGAGUUAAAAGUUAUAUAAACUAUAUAUAUAUAUAUACACAUGUUAAUGUGGCUGUACACAUUAAUAAUAUAUAUACACACACACAAAUAAAUAUUCUUUCGAAAUAAUAUUUAGUGAUGAAACUUUAAUAAAGGAUAUAAGUACAGUGAGUUAAAUGUUAUGUGACACCCAAGUUAACAAUCUUGACCUGCACACCUUUUGCAAACAGGGCAGAAGUCUCCCACAAGUGCCAUUUUCCUACAACUCCCAGCAGCUGCAUUUAAAUCAGACUGGACCAUGGACUACAUUUCCCGUGAAGCAAGUAGUUACACCUCGAAACCACUACCUAUAGCCGUUCCAUUAAGCGGAGACAACGAGCUUUUGUUUCAUUAGCACACGCGCCUCGGCUCUUGAUACUAUGAAAGUGCACUCUUGAAAAAAAAAAAUAAAUAAAAUAAAAGUUUUCGCCUCUGGAUUUAAAGGGCUCCCGAAACACCUGCAUGCCUCCCUUAAAUCAUAUUACGAACUGAAAAAGGGAUUUUGUAUACUGAAACAUUAGAAUUAGGAUUUGAUACCUUCACAAGUCAUAGACAGUUUACAUUGAAGGGAAUAAUUCAUAUAAAGGGUUUCAAUUCAGACUUCAAAUUACGUUCUAAUUUAAAAAGGCCAAAGAGGGAGUAAAGUAACCAAUAGUGAAAUGGUCACCUAUAUGUUUAUGACCCAUGUCCCACACUCAGAUGGGAGAUGAAAUACUAGCAUAUAUAUAUAUAUAAGGUAGGAAAAGACAGAUAUGGCAUCAUGUUACACUUAAUGCAUGCCCUCUCUAAAUAUUUUCUGACUCUGUACAACCAUUAUCCAAAACGAGUAGUAACCCGAGUGAAAAGCGAAAUUGUGUGACUAUUUUUGCAGAUUCCGAUUUUCAGUGUAUUAUUGUUGCACUGCAGUUUUUAUUCUCGCCUGUUGAUGAAAGGAGUGUGCGGUGCCGGUGACCGAUGGAAGAUGUUUCUAAUUUUACAUUUUUACGUUUACCCUUUGCCUCCUGCCCCUCUGUUUGCUCGAUCCUCGUUAUUUUCACAGUGGGUUUUUGUAUCUGAAUCAAUAUUAACUGUUUAGACUGUCGCUGAAACUGUUGCUGAUAUUGAAAUUAAAAAGACAAAAAGAGAAAAAAAAAAA